GAAAACACACAUCAUGAUGAGGAGGAGAAUGUCAAAUCCACUCGUGUAGGAAACAGAAAUCUUUUCGUUUUCCACGCAGGAAAAAAACGAUGAACUGUCGCGAUCGGGCUGGAUUUGAGGCAUCGGGAAGGGCACCGGCGUGUUGCUAAAUGGAGUCGGAGCAGCUGUACCACAGAGGCUACUGCAGGAACAGCUACAACAGCAUCGCCAGCGCCAGCAGCGACGAGGAGCUGCUGGAGGCCGCCGGCGUCAUCAUGGACUUCCACACCACCGAGGAUGACAACCUGCUGGAUGGGGAUGCUGCCUCCCCAGGGUCUAACUACGCCAUGUCUAACGGGGGCGGGGCACCCAGCAGCACCACCCACCUGCUGGACUUCCUGGAGGAGCCCAUCCCUGGUGUGGGGACCUACGACGACUUCCACACCAUCGACUGGGUCCGAGAGAAGUGCAAGGACCGCGAGAGGCAUCGGAAGAUUAACAGUAAGAAGAAGGAGUCAGCAUGGGAGUUCACGAAGAGCCUGUACGACGCCUGGUCUGGGUGGCUGGUGGUGACACUGACUGGCCUGGCCUCAGGUGCGUUGGCUGGCCUGAUCGACAUCGCUGCUGAUUGGCUGAACGACCUGAAGGAGGGCGUGUGUCUGAGCGCCAUGUGGUUCAACCACGAGCAGUGCUGCUGGACGUCCAACGAGACCACCUUCGCCGAGCGAGACAAGUGUCCUCAGUGGAAGAGCUGGGCGGAGCUUAUACUGGGGCAGGCUGAGGGCCCCGGCUCGUACAUCAUGAACUACUUCAUGUACAUCUACUGGGCUCUGUCCUUCGCCUUCCUCGCUGUCUGUCUGGUCAAGGUGUUCGCUCCCUACGCCUGCGGCUCAGGGAUCCCAGAGAUCAAGACCAUCCUGAGUGGAUUCAUUAUCCGGGGCUACCUGGGGAAGUGGACCCUGAUGAUAAAGACCAUCACCCUGGUUCUGGCUGUGGCGUCGGGUCUCAGUCUGGGGAAGGAGGGACCCCUGGUCCACGUGGCCUGCUGCUGUGGGAACAUCUUCUCUUACCUCUUCCCCAAAUACAGCAAGAACGAGGCCAAGAAGCGAGAGGUUCUCUCGGCUGCUUCGGCCGCCGGAGUCUCUGUUGCUUUUGGAGCGCCGAUCGGAGGAGUUCUCUUCAGCCUGGAGGAGGUGAGUUACUACUUCCCUCUGAAGACGCUGUGGCGCUCCUUCUUUGCCGCCCUGGUGGCCGCCUUCGUCCUGCGCUCCAUCAACCCGUUCGGCAACAGCCGCUUGGUGCUCUUCUACGUGGAGUACCACACACCCUGGUACCUGUUUGAGCUCAUCCCCUUCAUCCUGCUGGGAGUGUUCGGAGGACUCUGGGGCGCUUUCUUCAUCAAAGCGAACAUUGCGUGGUGCAGACGACGCAAGUCAACGCGCUUCGGAAAGUACCCGGUUUUGGAAGUGAUCUUUGUGGCGGCCAUCACCGCCGUGGUCGCAUUCCCGAACCCGUACACUCGUCAGAACACGAGCGAGCUGAUCAAGGAGCUGUUCACAGACUGCGGCCCGCUGGAGUCCUCGCAGCUCUGUCAGUACCGCAGCCAGAUGAACGGCAGCAAGGCCUUCUCAGACAACCCCAACAGACCGGCCGCCGGAGUCUACGCCGCCAUGUGGCAGCUGUGCCUGGCACUCAUCUUCAAAAUCAUCAUGACCAUCUUCACCUUCGGACUCAAGGUUCCGUCAGGUUUGUUCAUUCCCAGCAUGGCCAUCGGGGCGAUCGCAGGGCGCAUCGUCGGCAUCGCCAUGGAGCAGCUCGCCUACUAUCACCACGACUGGUUCCUGUUUAAAGAGUGGUGCGAGGUGGGAGCCGACUGCAUCACCCCGGGGCUCUACGCCAUGGUGGGGGCCGCCGCCUGUCUGGGCGGUGUGACCCGUAUGACGGUCUCCCUGGUGGUCAUCGUCUUCGAGCUGACCGGAGGAUUGGAGUACAUCGUCCCCCUCAUGGCCGCCGUCAUGACCAGCAAGUGGGUGGGCGACGCCUUCGGCCGCGAGGGGAUCUACGAGGCUCACAUCCGUCUGAACGGUUACCCCUUCUUGGACGCUAAGGAGGAGUUCACGCACACCACGCUGGCCCGGGAGGUGAUGAGGCCGCGGCGCAGCGACCCGCCGCUAGCCGUGCUGACGCAGGACGACCUGACGGUGGAGGAGCUGCAGGCCACCAUCAACGAGACCAGUUAUAAUGGUUUCCCCGUGAUCGUGUCCAAGGAGUCCCAGAGGCUGGUGGGCUUAGCUCUGCGUAGGGACAUCACCAUCGCUAUCGAAAACGCCCGUCGAAAGCAGGAGGGCAUCAUGUUGAACUCUCGAGUGUACUUCACCCAGCAUGCGCCCACGCUGCCGGCCGACAGCCCCCGGCCCCUCAAACUGCGCUCCAUCCUGGACAUGAGCCCCUUCACCGUCACGGACCACACCCCCAUGGAGAUCGUGGUGGACAUCUUCAGGAAGCUCGGCCUGCGUCAGUGUCUGGUCACUCACAACGGGAUUGUGUUGGGCAUCAUCACAAAGAAGAAUAUUUUAGAGCAUCUGGAGGAGCUCAAGCAGCAAGAGGAGCCCCUGGCGGCUUCUUGGUAUUAUCACAAAAAAAGACAUCCUCCGUCACAUGGCUCAAAUGGCAAACAAAGACCCCGAGUCCAUCAUGUUCAACUGAUCCGCUCCUUCCAGGAUGGCCGGGGGGGAGGUCACGAUGAAGAGGAGGACGAGGUGGUGUGCCUCCUGGACGGCUCCGACCUUUGACACUCGGACCUUUUUUUUUUUUUCUUUUAGUUUGAAGCUUUGUAGACCCUGAACCUUGCCGACUGAGAGACUUACCUGCCGUGAGACGGAAAGACUUGAUAAAAAAACCAACACUUUAUUAUCAUUCUGGCUGCUGAGGACACCCAGGGGGGGUCACACACAUGAGGAAUGCACUUUUUACCUAAACACACACACACACACUCGAAAAAAAUCACACAAAAUACACUUUUGCACUCACUGAAUCCUCGAACAUGCAUGCUCUCUCUCAACACACACACACAAUCUGUACAGGCACACACACAUUUUUGCACUCUUCAUGUGCCUCGCCCUAUGUCUGCUCUCUCCGCUGAGGUCAUGGUAGACAUCACCUGGCUGGGGGUGGGUGGGGGUGGGGGGGUCAAAGGUCAGAAUGAAACGCUGAUGAAGGACGCGAUGAGGGACCUUAAACUUCCAGGCUUCGCUUACAAGAAAAACUUUCUUUAAACCCACAAAAAAAAAAACC